CCCACAAGCCUGGGUAUCCUCCACGUCUCUCGUUCUCCUCUAUCGUCUCAACCAUUUCCGUCACACAUUCGCUCGUCACUACCACACGAUGGAGAACGUUAUGAUCCUCAUACUGUACUUGGCAGUGCCAAGCCUGCUCUUCUCCGCCAUAGGCCAGAUCCUAUCGUGGAGGAAGAGUAGCAUGUCGUCGAAGCGCAACAUUCCAGGACCGAGGCAGUUUCCCGUCGUCGGCCGCGUCCACGACCUCAACCGGUUUUGCAUGUGGAAGACGUUCAAGCAGUGGGCCGAUAUCCAUGGCCCCAUAUAUCGGACUAGCAUGUUAGGACAGCAGUUCAUCGUCAUAUCGGAUGAGGAUAUCGCGCAGGAGCUGCUUGUAAAGAGGGGCCACAUCUACUCGGGUCGUCCGCAGAUUAGAGCGUUGUUUGAUCACAAGACGGGGCCGGGGUACGUUGCCCUGAUGGAUCGGCAUGAUAUCUGGACUCGACAGCGCAAAUGGGUACACGCCGCCAUGGCCGAAUCGCACCGACAACACUUCUACGGCAUUAUUGAAACCGAAGUACGCCGGUAUUUGACUGUCUUGAUGCUCGACCCUGCUAAAUUCCACGCCAACACGCGCGAGCACUGCGGCCGCAUCAUGAGCCGCCUGGCCUGGGACGACGCGAGCCAGGGCAAGGCAAACGGAGAUAGCGCCGACUGCACCUUGGGACAGAUGUCCGUGUCGGGCCCCAUCGUCAAUACCAUGACCCCCCUGUGGUCCAUACCCUGGGCCCUGAACCCCUGGAAGAAGUUCGAACGAGCACGCGAGGACAACCAACGUGCCUGGUGGCUGAGCUCUUUCCAAAUUUCCAAGGCGCGAUACCUCCGUGGCGAACUCCCUGCGGAUACGUGGUCAUAUAGAUAUUUCGCCGGGCUGCAAAAGCAAGGUAACAUGGAUCUGGAACAGGAUGCCAAAGAGGAGGAAUUCGCGAGCUGUAUGCUGGGUUUCCAGAACCUCGUCGGCGUCAUCACCAUCUGUGGGCCGCUGCAAUUCUUCCUCAUGGCCAUGACGUUACACCCCGAGUGGCAGAAGAAGGCCCAAGAGGAGAUCGACAGAGUCUGUGGUGAUCGUAUGCCGACUGUGGCAGACUUUGCCGACCUUCCCACUGUCAGGGCCUGCUUGAAGGAGACUCUCCGCUGGCGGUCCGGUGUCCCCCUAGGCGUCCCUCACCAAGCCGAGAGGGACGAUGAAUUCAUGGGAGAGAAGAUUACCAAAGGAACCAUCAUCCUCGCUUGUGAAUGGAGUAUCAACCGCGUGCCCGAGAAGUACCCAGACCCAGAGAACUACCAUCCCGAACGCUACCUCGAGCCCACCUGGCCAUCAUACCAAGAGCCUCUGACUCGCUACCCCAACUUCCGCGAGGGCAAGGGCAUGCACACCUUCGGCUGGGGCCGCCGCACUUGUCUGGGCCAGCACAUCGUCGACGAUGAGAUGUUCGUCACCGGUGCCAGCGUUUUGUGGGCCUUCAAUAUGACCAAGAAGAAGUGCCCGGUCACUGGGAAGGACGUCGACUUCGACAGCGAGGCGACUAAUGCUCAUGUCAUCUUGGAGCCGCUGCCUUUCCCGAUGGACUUUGCUCCAAGAAGUGAGAAGCGCGCGGCGCAAAUUCUGUCAGGGUAUGCUGAGGUUCGGGAGAAGCUUAGGGUUUAAAGUGAGUUGGUGAGCCAAUGUCAGAUUUCUGUUGUUAUCGUUAUGGGCGAGGAAUGGUACGGAGUUUGGUGUUGUUAUUAUUGCUGCAUUCAACCCCACACAGGGUCGAACCAAGUUUUAUAGAUCGAAACUAGUGACGAAGUAAAGUUGAUGUUGGAUUGAAAUAAAACCAAGCUUUUCUAGACAUGAAUUUGAG